AAAAAGCAUUUGAACUCCAUACUGUUUCAGAAAUAAUCCUUGAUGUGGUUUGGAACUUAAUAUGGCGUUUAAUCACGGCAGCAUUUAGCUGAGUAUCUGGGUAGCAUUUUCCUGCAUGAGCUCUCCUCUCUUGCUAACAGCAAAUAUACUUUUAUCAUGGUUUGAUCUUACUUUUAAAGAAGCAGUAAUAACACAUGAACACCACCAUGUGUAUUUGAAUGUCUACAGACUGCUCAGAUAUUCCUCAAUGCAUCAUUGGCCUAUGUAGAUGUAUUCAGUACACACAUGCACCCACUUAAUCACUUCUUUGCCAUUGUUGGUUAGAAAGGUUUGCUUCAGAGCUCUGCAGCACCCCAAGUGGUCCAUUUUCAUUAUAACGAGCUGUGGUGUGUGAGCAGCUUCUCACUCUGCAGCUCACCUGCAGGAGGGACAGAUCUCACAGACUCCUGCACAACAUGAUGCUCUGAUCUGAGCCUCUUCAUCGUCGCCCUCAUCUCUCUCUUAGGCGAUGAGUUCAGUCAUCAUCUGAUCUUUUGUGGGUCUCAGAAAUCUUUUCACGAGACAUGGUGCUACCUGAAAAAACCUCCAAACCAUGUGCCCCCAAGAAGACCCCCAGACGCGCUCUACUGCAUCAGAGCCUGCCCUCCCCGGCCCUGUGCUGCGCCUGCGGCCUGUGCAUCAUGCUGGCCGGCAUCAACAUCACCCUGGUGGGAGCCUUCGCCUUUGGCACCUUCAUGCCUUCAGGAAACCCCCCAAUCAUCAUCGGACCUCUCCUUUUAUUGAUAGCAUUGGGCUUUUUCACAGGGUGCUGUGUGGGCAGCAGGAGGCCCCCGGCAAACAUGGCCCGCAAGGCUAAAGGAGGCGAGAAGUGGGGGCUGAUGAGGAUGGGGACGGCAGCUUUUGAGAUGGAGACGAGCGAGCACACGCUGCAGGACACCACGGCCGUCCAGCUCAGCCCCACCAACUCCCCCAGCUCCUCUCACAAGUCCAGUUGCAGCCGCGGGGGGGACGCCGGCUGCCAGGAUGGAGCCGGGGAGCUGCACAUGUCUGAGAUGUCAGGCCAGGGUGUCACGGGAGAUAAGGGCGCCGUGACCUCUGACAGGAAGCUGAGCAGUCCCACACAGAUGCUGCAGAACACUUCCUCUACAUAGCAUGGACUUUCUUCUGAGCAUUGAUGUUUGCUUUAUUUGUUGCUGUUAACAGAAUCAGAAUUCGUUUAUUAGUUCCCCAGAAGAGGAACAUUGACAGUGUAACAGCAGAAGUGGCCCAGCAGGUAAAAAAGGCAAGCAAUAAUGAAAAAGAAAAGCACACAUAGAAUAGAAAUACGUACACAAACCAUGGAUACAAAAUGUGUAGCAGCAAAUUAAAAAAAUGAAGUGAUGGAAAUAACGUCGACCGUGUAAAGAUAAAAUGUUGGGACAUCUAUAAAAUGGUAGGCUUUGUCAUAAAAGUGACUAUAGCACAGUGCAAUUACAAACAAGUGUUUACAUUUCAAGGAUGGACAUGUUGGGUUUGACUGCCAUUUUUAAAGAGGAAAAAAAAAGACCCUGAUGAAUGUCCAAGACUGCAGAGUAAAAUGUGAUGCGCUAAACCUCUCUGAUUGUAGCUUCUUCGAUGUGUUCCAGUUUGUUGUUGAACGUGUAUUGCUAAAUCCCAGGGUGUACAUUGCCAGAAACAGGAGAUGAUACCUUAAUUAAAGUGCCAGUUUGCGUACUUCUCUUUUAAAACACCCACUGGAUCGACUGUGGUUAGUACUUAUCAACCUCCAAGCUUCUCUGAGUCAUGAAAGCUGUUCCUGUGUAAACUAAAUAACCAUCCAUGUGUUUUUUUCACGCGCUUUAAGAGAAGUGUUAUCAUUUUUGCUUUUAAAUGCUUGCAUCCGCUGCUGAGUGAGUAAUCUGUUGUGUCCAGAUGGGUAUUCAAGAACAAAUUAUUAUUAUGUGUCGUUGUUGCUGCAGGCGUCAAUACAUGUUGUGGCAUCUUUCCUUUUUAUAAA